AUGUGGAUCAAAUAUUGUAAGAGACACAGUCCUCAGAAUGUGCAGUGGAAGGGAGGUUCUCAAGUAUGGAAGGCAAUAAUAGAGGCUAGAGAUAAUAUAGAGCAAGAAAUAUGGUGGGAACCAAGGAGUGGAACUGCAAAUGUAUGGUUUGACAACUGGACAAAGCUAGGGGCUCUAUAUCACAUUACUCCUGAUGAUUUUGUGAUAGAUGAGGGUGUUCAAGAUGUAAAAGAACUUAUGUUGCAGGAUGGUUGGAACAUAGGAAGACUGCAGCAGUUAUUCCCCAUGGAUAUUGUGGACUAUAUAUUAGAAGAAUUGCACUUUCAUGAACCAAAAGAAGAGUGGGAUAGGCCAAGAUGGAUGAUGACAGCAUCAGGCAAAUUUACUGUAGGCACUGCAUGGGAAUUACUGAGGAGCAAAGCGGUCAAGUCAGAUGUGUUUAAGAACAUGUGGAUAUCGAGGGUACCUUUUAAGAUAUCCUUCUUUUUCUGGAGGUUGUGGAAGUACAAAAUACCAGUUGGAGAGGAACUGUUGCUACAUAAGUGUGGACUUAUGUUAAAACUGUUAUUGGCAUCACAACAUAGUUUCAACAAGUCAGGCAGAUUCUUCAGGUCUGGUGGAAUGCAGAUUGCCUCUCAAAGUUCAGAACCAUCUUUAAAGAUAUUCCAAUGGUCACUAUGUGGCAGAUAUGGAAGUGGAGGAAUACAGUCCUACAUGGAGGGAGGAUGUCCAUCAACAAAGUGA